AUAUUCCCCCCCCCCCCAAAAAAAAAUGAAACUGUAUUUUAUUUUUUUAAUGCUCCUGAUUGCGACAGAGGAGAUCCACAGUUCUCGUUAUCGUCGUAAUGUUGAUCCACUUGCCUACAAGAAUUACUUGGCGAAAGCCAACGCUAUUUUGGAACGAGUUCCGCUAAUCGACGGGCACAAUGAUUUGCCAUGGACAUUGCGUAAUUAUGCCAAGAAUCAAGUUGGAAUGUUGAAUAUUACCGACUUGACCAACGUUGAACCAUGGGCCAGCUCUUCUUCAUCGCAUACCGACAUAAUUAGAUUGCGUCAGGGCAAAGUCGGAGCCCAGUUUUGGGCGGCGUACGUAGGUUGCACAACCCAAUACAAAGAUGCUGUUACCAGAACAUGGGAACAAAUCGACGUCGUCCAUCGAUUCGUGGACGCUAAUCCGAACACUUUCGAGUUCGUCACUUCAGCUCAAGGAAUCGAAGAUGCUUUCCGUCGGGGCAAAAUCGCAAGUUUAAUUGGAGUCGAAGGUGGCCAUUCCAUCGACAGUUCGUUAUCUGUUUUGAGGAUGAUGUAUGACAUGGGUGUCCGCUACAUGACACUAACGCACGCAUGUCCCACUCCAUGGGCAGAUAAUUCGCAGCUGGACAAUGCCGGGGGUGUGCCCGUUAGCAACGGUCUUUCCGCGUUUGGCAAGAUUGUGGUGAAGGAAAUGAAUCGAUUGGGAAUGCUACUUGACUUGUCGCACAUUUCGCGGAAAACUAUGAAAGACGCGUUAGAAACGAGCGCAGCUCCCGUGAUUUUCUCUCAUUCGUCAGCUUAUUCCGUGUGCAACAACACGCGGAACGUUCCCGACGACAUUUUGAGACUGGUGGCUCAAAAGAAAGGUGUCGUCAUGGUCAAUUUUUACUCUGACUUUGUCACCUGUGGCAUUUCAAAAGCGACUAUUGAAGAUGUGGCAAAUCAUAUGGACCACAUCCGAAACGUUGCCGGGGCGGAUUAUAUCGGAAUCGGGGCCGAUUAUAAUGGCGUAACUAGGGUGCCAGAAGGAUUGGAAGACGUUUCGAAAUACCCAGACUUGUUCGCCUUGUUACUCUCUCGUGGCUGGACGGAAACUGAAUUAGAAAAAGUGGCCGGGCUUAAUUUACUGCGCGUCUUCAAAGAGGCCGAAGCGGUCCGUAAUCAAAUGGCUGCCAAUGGAGUGAAACCUUUUGAUGAUUGGAUCCCUCAAAUGGAUAUGCCAGCAGAAUCACAGCCGUGUAACACUGGUGACUAUGGCAACAAAACCAAUCCAAUUGUCGGUAACGCAGCCUUACGCAUUGAACUUUCUUCAAUUUCUUUUUUCAUUUUGAUCCUUUAUUAUGCCAUUCCAUGGUUCUCUUUGUCACCAAAGUGAAGCCGAAAGCGAUGCUAGAUUCGCUCGUCUUAGAAUGUCGUUGUCCAAUUAGAUUAAGAAAUUCAAGAAUUUUG